AUGGGUAUUAAAGGACUACUUCCAAUUCUGAGGAAAAUACUCAAGAAAACUCACAUAGGUAAAUACUCAAACAGGAGGGUGGGAAUAGAUGGGCAUUCCUGGAUACACCGCAUCAUUCCUUACAUUGCUGCAGAUCUUUACUGUAACAACCCCACACAGAAACAUCUGGACCUCUUCAUGGCUAAACUUAGUGGCCUGCUGGACUACGGAAUCACUCCCAUAUUUGUGUUUGAUGGCGAUUUUUUAGAAAGCAAGAAAAAGACCAUCCAGGAAAGAAAGCAGCUGAGAGAGAAGUACAGAGCAGAGGUGGACUUUUUCUUGCAGAGAAAUGAUGUGCCAAGGGCCAGGGAGCUCAUGAAAAGAUGUGUGAGUGUUACACCUGAGAUAUUACACUCAAUACUAAGAGUCUUAAAAGCCAACAAUAUUGAGUUUAUUGUAAGUCCGUACGAAGCAGAUGCGCAAUUAUACUUCUUGCAACGGAUAAAAUACAUCGAUUACAUUCUGACUGAGGAUUCCGAUCUGGUUGUCUAUGGCGCAACUAGGAUAUUGUACAAAUAUGAUGGCGUCCAUGUGGAGGAAUACGACUCGGCAAGGCUGCAUUUGUGCAAGGACAAGUACUUCCAAGAGAACAUCCUCGACAUUUGCAUUUUGAGUGGAUGCGAUUAUCUCGACUCAAUCAGAGGAAUUGGCAUUGUAACUGCAUAUGAGAAGUUAAAAGAGCUCGGAGAUGUUGAUAGCUUUGUUAACAGCAUGAUUUCCCUGAAAAAAAAUGUUCCGAAGGAAUAUAUCAGUGACUUUGUCAAGGCAAAAGCCACUUUUCUCCAUCACAUUGUCUAUAACCCUUACACGAUGCAAAGGCAGUUCUUAAGUGAGCCAAAGAUCGCUUGCGAGUUUCUAGGAUCUUUGGAAAACUCUUCGUUCACUUUCAACACCCAUCUUGGAAUUGAACAAAAAUUGGACAGACACUUUAUACCCAAGGCUAUAGCGAAGAGAACUACAGAAGAUAAAGAGAACUGCUCUUCAGAAAUACCAGAAGACUACAUUCUCGAUUCAAAUCUAGUUCUUCCGUAUUUUUAA